AUGUCCCACCUGUCCUCACCAAAUUAUGAGUCGAUCAGACAGUUUCUGAAGAUUCUUCAUUCAUACUGUUUAGCUGGGAGUGAUCCUGCAGUUUACAACCAGAGGGAAGCUGACCAAUCAGCUCUCAUUCAUGUCAGUGAUGUUGGGGAGACUUCAGAGAACAGAGAACCUUCCUCCUCUCAGACUCAGCCUCCUCUUCCUCAGACUGAAGAUGAGACUGUUCCGGUACCAGAACCACGUCCCAUCAGAUAUUACCAACAGAAGCUUCAGUCAAACUUCCAGGACACAUUUAAGGUUACAACAGAGGGGUGGGCAGCAGAUGAGCAGCUUCUGGUUGAUAUCUACACAGAGCUGUACAUCACAGCUGGCCGGGACGUGCACGUCAACACACAGCAUGAGGUCCUACAGAUUGACAAGGUGUGGAAGCCAUCAGACACAGAGACACAGAUCCAACCCAGAGACAUUUUCAAGCAUCCUUCUGGAAAAGACAUACCCAUCAGAACAGUGCUGACCAAUGGGAUUGCAGGGAUUGGAAAAACAUUCCUCGUGCGCAAGUUUGUGUUGGACUGGUCUGAAGAAAGAACCAAUCAAGACGUGCAUCUUAUUUUCCCGUUCACUUUCCGUGACUUGAAUUUACUGAAGGGACAAAAGUUUGGUUUGGCAGAGCUCAUUCAUGACUGUAUCCCAGAAACUAACGACAUCACAGUGGAGGCUCUGAAUUCCAUCUUUACAGCUCUGCAGUCAUCAGGAAACAGCAGCUACAAGAAGAGCAGAUUCAAACUGCUGUUUGUGUUUGAUGGACUGGACGAGAGUCGCCUUCAUCUGGACUUUGAUGUCAACAACAUUCGCUCCGUGGAUGUAACAAAGUCAACUAAAAUAGAAGUCCUGCUGAGCGGACUAAUCAGUGGAAAACUGUUGCGCUCAGCUCGCCUCUGGAUAACCACACGACCUGCAGCAGCCAAUCAGAUCCCUCAAAACCUUGUCAACACUACAACAGAGGUCAGAGGGUUCACCGACCCACAGAAGGAGGAGUACUUCAGGAAGAGAUCUAGAGAUGAGAAGCAAACCAGUACCAUCAUCUCCCACAUGAAGACGUCACGAAGCCUCCACAUCAUGUGCCACAUCCCAGUGUUCUGCUGGAUCACUGCUACAGUUCUGGAAGAGCUGCUGGAAACCAGAGAGGGAGGAGAUCUGCCCAGAACCCUGAGUGAGAUGUACGCAGAGUUUCUAAGAUUUCAGAUUGAUCACACACAAAAAAAGUACGGUGCAAAGAAAGGCAUUCAGUACAUUAAGUCAUUAGCUAAACUGGCUUUUGAACAGCUGCAAAAGGGCAACCUGAUCUUCUAUGAGAAAGAUCUGAGAGAAAGUGGCAUCAAUGUGAGUGAAGCCUCAGUGUACUCAGGAGUGUUCACAGAGAUCUUCAAAGAAGAGCGAAGACGGAAACAGAAAGACAAGAUGUUCAGCUUCGUCCAUCUGAGUGUUCAGGAGUUUCUGGCUGCUCUUUAUGCCCAUCUGACCUUCAUCAACUCUGGAAUCAGCCUGCUGGAAAAAGAACAACAAACAACAUCCUGUUGGUCUGAAAUGUUCCAAAGUUACUCAGCAGGUUUCUACCAGACAGCUGUGGACGAGGCCUUACAGAGUCCAAACGGACACCUGGACUUGUUCCUGCGCUUCCUCCUGGGUCUGUCACUGCCGACCAAUCAGAAUCUCCUACAAGACCUGCUGACACAGACAGAAAGUAGCUCACAGACCAAUCAGAAAACAAUCAAGUAUAUCAAGGAGAAGAUCAGUGAGAAUGUGUCUGCAGAGAGAAACAUCAAUCUGUUCCACUGUCUGAAUGAACUGAAUGAUGUUUCUCUAGUGGAGGAGAUCCAACAGUCCCUGAGAUCAGGACGUCUGUCCACAGAUGAACUGUCUCCUGCUCAGUGGUCAGCUCUGGGCUUCAUCUUACUGUCAUCAGGAGAACAUCUGGAUGUGUUUGACCUGAAGAAAUACUCUGCUUCAGAGGAGGUUCUUCUGAGGCUGCUGCCAGUGGUCAAAGCCUCCAAGAAAGUUGUACUGAGUGACUGUAAUCUGUCAGAGAGAAGCUGUGGAGCUCUGUCCUCAGUCCUCAGCUCCCAGUCCUCCAGUGUGACAGAGCUGGACCUGACUAACAACAACCUGCAGGAUUCAGGAGUGGAGAGUCUUUCUGCUGGACUGGAGAGUCCACACUGUAAACUGGAAGCUCUCAGACUGAGUAACUGUAAUCUGUCAGAGAGAAGCUGUGGAGCUCUGUCCUCAGUCCUCAGCUCCCAGUCCUCCAGUGUGACAGAGCUGGACCUGACUAACAACAACCUGCAGGAUUCAGGAGUGGAGAGUCUUUCUGCUGGACUGGAGAGUCCACACUGUAAACUGGAAGCUCUCAGGCUGUCAGGCUGUCUGGUCACAGAGGAAGGUUGUGCUUCUCUGGCCUCAGCUCUGAGCUUCAAGACCUCAAAUCUGAGAGAGCUGGACCUGAGCUACAACCAUCCAGGAGACUCAGGAGAGAAGAUGCUGAGAGCUAAAGUGGAGGAUCCAGACUGUAGACUGGAAACUCUCAGAUCACAUGAUCCAUCAAUAGCUGCAGCUGUGUUGUGUUUGUUCUCUCCAUCAGAUUCCUGUCAACUCACAGUCGACACAAACACAGUAAACAGAUUCCUCAAACUGUCUGACAACAACAGGAAGGUGACACAUGUGGGGGAGGAUCAGUCGUAUCCUGAUCAUCCAGACAGGUUUGACUACUGGAAACAGUUGCUGUGUACAACUGGUCUGACUGGUCGCUGUUACUGGGAGGUGGAGUGGAGAGGACUGGUUGAUGUAUCAGUGAGUUACAGAGGAAUCAGAAGGAAAGGAGACAGUGAGUGUCUGUUUGGAUAUAAUGAUCAGUCCUGGAGUCUGAUCUGCUCUGAUGGUGGUGGUUAUGAUGUCAGACACAAUAACAGUUCAACAUCCAUCAGGUCCUCCUCAGUCUCUCCCAGAGUUUCAGUUUAUGUGGAUGUUCCUGCUGGAACUCUGUCCUUCUACAGAGUCUCCUCUGACUCUCUGAUCCACCUCCACACCUUCAACACCACAUUCACUCAACCUCUCUAUCCUGGAUUCUGGGUUGAUUCUGGUUCCUCAGUGUUUCUGUGCUGAGUUGAGUCUCCAGAGUCUCCUCCUGGUAGAGAAACAGUGUUGAACAGAUAGUUGAGUCUCUCCAUGACUCUGUCCCUCAGAAACAUGUUUCCACAUUCAUGGAUUAAAUGUGUUUCUUUGUGAAAUCCUUGUAAAUGAUUCCUUGUAAACUUGUUCCUCUUCAAAGAUGGAAGUUGUGAUUAUUCCAGGAGCCAAAUGUGGUGUUUGCAUCUUUUUCCAGUCAAAUGUUGAGAGUGAAAAUCAGGAUGUGGUGUUUCCUCUGAUGCUCACCUGAACUAAAAGCAUUUGAGCUGCACAAAGUGUGAAAUGAGAGAGGAAGCAGUGAAUCUACAAACUGCUGACAGACUUUCACACAUUAUUGUCCAGUGAAAAUCAGGUUUUUGUGCAGCCAGACUUGAUCCUGAUUUGAGUGUUUCAGUCCUGUUCUAGUGAUGAAAUGAGAACUUCCUUCAUCUUGUGUGUGAUGGAGAAGAAUAAAGGGCUGUGGCUAAAAA